AUGAUUGCCUUUCUCCUAACUGUGGCUUUGCUUGCAACUGCGGGUGCAAAUAAUCUUGAAAAAAAGUGGAAAAUUGACGUUGAACUAAAAGUAGAAAAGCUGAUGACAGUAGUUGGAAAGCAGCAGGAGAAAAUCUCUCAGUGUGAAUCAAAAAUCAAAAUCUUGGAGAAAGAAAUUGCUCAAAAAUAUUUCUUAAAUUAUCGAUCAAACUCGAAAUCUCAUAAAAGAACCACGAGGACAAAAGCUGAAAAUCAUGAAAAUAAAGAGCUUCAACAUAGAAGUAAAAGAUUUUUGACAGGCCAAGGAUUAUCACCCAUUGCAUUUUAUGCCUAUAUAUCGCAUUCAUUUACCCAUGUCGGAGAUAACCAAGCUCAUGUUUACGAUACAGUUGUCACUAAUUUAGGAAAUGGGUACAGUAAACACACAGGGGCGUUUACAGUUCCAAGAGCUGGUGUGUAUGGAUUUUCCUGGACAGUCUAUGUGGCCGGAAGUCAUAUUCCGGGAGACGCUGACACAAGCUUAGGAGAAAUUACAUCUCAUUUACUUCAAAAUGGUCAAGUUAAGGGAAUCUUGCACGCAGAUACUGAGACUGGCGGAGAGGACGAAACGUCCACUGGAUUUGUUGUUUUAAUUGUUAAUGCUGGUGACGUCAUCAUAACGCGAGCAUCAGGUCUUCACCAAGAUUCAUACUACAGCAAUGAGUAUGGUAGAUGGACGUUUUCUGGGUUUCAAAUUGCUUGA